CAGCGAGGGUGUAUUAAAAAUGUGGUGCCAGGAUGACCAAGCCUGCAACUGGCUCAUAAACGUGGUGCCAAAACUAACAUCACCCAGGAGCGGAACAGGGCUCACUGUGAUAAGACAGACCGAGAUCCCAUUCAGGGUUAGGUCGGGACUUUAUGUCCCUGACUACGACGGGGAGAUAGGCCAGCUACACCAGGUCCUGUCUCACCAAAAUCCUUGGUAUGGAGUGUCACGGUGGACCCUGUUCAGCUACCGAAAAACAACUAGCAGCCCUCCUGGUGUGUUCCUAAUAUUAGGAAUCCCCAAUGAGGAGCUGCCAACGAUUCUGGCGCGCGGCAGGAAGGUCGCCUAUUCCACGGGCUCCAUCUACAUCAGGUUCUUCACGAGUGAAGGACUAAGUGAUGUACCACCCGGGCAUGACUCAGCGCCUGAAACUCGAGAGGAGCCUGAUGCGGAUCGGGCCAUGGAUGUGGAUGGACCAACCGGCCAGCUCCCAGUGACACCUGAGCCCUCCGUGAGCGCUGUCCUCGACUAUAUCGAGGAAGUGCUGGCGGACUCCCGGACCAACACCAAACCACGGGAGAAAAAGGCGACACACAACGCUCCAGACGCAACAGCCCCCGCCGAAAAAUCACCGGCGCAGAGGGCGACAAAAUAAAGAUAAUCCAGACCAACCUCCAGCACAAACAUCUCGCCACGGCUACGCUACGAAGGCAGCUGGAGGUUGAACCCGAGACCAUCGCACUGAUCCAGGAGCCGUGGGUCAGGGGUAAAACCAUAUGUGGUUUCGGAAGCUGCAAUGAGAUCUGACAGCAGUCAUAAUAAAAAAUGGAAUACAACAGGGCGUGGGACUACCACCAAGACCAGUGGUCCUAGUCUCACUCUACAUGCCCAUAGAAGACCGAAUACCAACAAAAGAACUGGUGGACCUCACAACACAUUGUGAGGACAACGACAUAGAUUUAAUUAUCUCUGUCGAUAGCAACGCACAUCACAUCCUGUGGGGAUGCACAGCCAACAACAAAAGAGGUGAGAAUCUCAUGGACUUUCUACUAACAACCAACCUAACAAUUACUAACAAGGGCACUGAACCGACUUUCGUGUCGAGUAGGUACCAAACCAUAAUCGAUCUAACCUUAGCGUCAACCAGAGCUGCAGACCAAGUAAAGAACUGGCAUGUCAGCGACGAGCCUUCGCUCUCCGACCACAGGCGGAUAUGCUAUGAGCUAGAUCUGAUGAUAACCCAACACGCACCAAGGAGAAAUCCAAGGAAAACCAACAGACUAAAAUACAAAACCUUGCUAACGCAUCAGAUAGGUACAAACAAACCUAACGACAUCGAUGAUAUCGACAACAUCGAACAAAACGUAAACAAACUAACGGAGUGCAUCAAGACAAGUUAUGAACAAGCUUGUCCUCUGAAGAAAAACAACACAAAUCGACAGUCAAAAAACAGCUGGUGGGGCCCAGAUCUGGAAAGAAUGAGGAAAAACCUCAGACAACUUUUCAAUAGAGCAAAAAACACCAGACAAGAACAAGAUUGGGACAACUACAAGGAAGCCCAAUACAAAUACAACAAACGCGUCAGA